UGUGCCAUCCCUAACGCAAUUGGGAAAAAAAAGUGUGCAAAAUAAAAUAAUUUGCUGAUAAUAAAACAAUAGUGUUUCGUUUGCAAAAAAUUAAGUGUUUUUUAUUGAAUAUUGUUAGCAAACAGUGAUUUUUCAAUAAGGUGUUUGGUUUAUAUUCCCCAUAAGAAUUGCAAAGAAUGAGUUUUUUCUCAUUCGACUUAAACUAAAGCAAGAAUUAUAAGCGAAAAGAACAAGAACAUCAGCAACAACAACAACAGCAGCCACAGCAGCAAUAACAUUAGCACACAAGCAAAUUUAGUAACCGUCAGUGAAUGAAUGGGAAUACGAAGGAAAAAAGUGUGAAGUAGCGCACAAAGGAAAUCCAAAAAAACAAAAAAAAAAAUCCUAAUAAAAGAAACAUGCUGGUGCAUUAAGAACCAACCAAAAAAUAAAAAGAAUAAAACUAAAGAAAAUAACAAUAAGUUUAAGCAACAAAGGAAGGACAGGAUUUAUUUCAAACUUUAUUCGUAAACCCCCCAUAAACCAAAAAAAUCCUCUCAAAUAAAAGCAACAAUAACAAAUUGGCAGAGCAACAAAAUCGCACGAAUUAAAAACAACUUGAAUUAACAGCUCCAUAGAAUUCAGAAUUCAGGUGUAAAUAGAAGAGAAUAACCCAGCAGAAAAACAAACAACAAAAAACAAACGAAAGUCGAGACAAAGGGUGAGAGACAACAUAACAAAUUAGCUAGAAAAAUACAUACAGAGAAAACAAUACAGAUAAAGAGAAAGGAAGAGAGAGAGGCUUAAAGUAAGAAAACAAAAAAACAGAGUAAAUUGCAAUUAAGACGACACAAGACACGACGUCAACAAAACAAAACAUACAACAAGCUACUGUUGCUGCCGCUGUUAGUGGAUUAUCUACUACAACAACAACAUCUACUACACAUCAACAACAAACAUCUUCACAACAACAGCAAUCACAAAUAGCUUUAACUGCUGCCCACACUUAUCCACAGCUUCAGCAACACCACCAACUACAUUUACAACUAAAUCCAACAACAGCGGCAGCAGCAGUAGCAACAGCAUCAGAAGCAGCAACAACAUCAGCAGCAGCAGCAGCAAAAGCAGCGGCCUCCUCCACCACAGCUAAAACUUCAAAACAACAAACCGCAAGUGCAGCGACUACCAGCCGUAGUCGCCAUAAUCGACGUAGUAACAGUACCGGCAUCACCACGAAUCCACACGGUAAAAGCGGCGGUACCACAACGGCGUCCAACAUUAAACAAAGCGCCAGUCGCAACAGCAACAUACGCAGUUCUUCGUCCAACAGCACAAUGGCCUCUUCCAAUCAUCGGGGCGGGGGUGGCGGCGGAGGAGGAGGCGGCGGCGGCGGUGGUCCCUCCAGUUCAGGCUUACAAAUUGGCUCAGCGUGGUUUCAGCGCAAAAUCAAUUUACGACCACAACAUCGAGGUGUUCAUUUAGUUACCGAAGAAAUUUUAAGACAAAUGCCUGAAUUGGGACAAUUUUCUGUGGGAUUAUGUCAUGUGCAAAUUUUACACACAUCAGCGAGUUUAGCGUUAAACGAAAGUUGGGAUCCAGACGUCAGAGACGACAUGGAAAUGAUGUUAAAUAAAAUAGUUCCCGAAGGUUUACCCUAUAGGCAUUCAUGUGAAGGACCCGAUGAUAUGCCCGCACAUGUUAAAGCCUGCUUUCUUGGUAGUUCAUUGACAAUCCCCAUAACGGAUGGUAAAUUAUCGUUGGGCACCUGGCAAGGUGUUUGGUUAUGUGAACAUCGUGAUCAAGCUGGUUCCCGCAAACUAGUUAUAACAUUAAGUGGGUGUCCGCGGGAAACAGCACGUAGUCCACUGUCACCAGUAUCACCAAUUGCCUCAACAUCCAGUUAGGGAAGGCCUCGCUCCACCCGUGAUAGUCGGUAAUCGCGGGGGAGCGACAAUAAUGAAACCAUUUCGUCGAGAAAAUUAAUUUUGACUAGAAAUUUAGCUAAUACCAAUUUAAAUAAAAAAUUGAGCAAAAGACAAGUAGCUACAACAGCUACUGCAACUACUAAAACAACAACAACAGCCGAUACUAAAACUACUAAAACUAAUAUAGCAACAACUCCAACAACUAGCGCAUUAUUAAAUGAAAGUAGACAAUUAUUAUUAAAACAACAAUUAAAAUUAAAGUUAAAUAUAAAUGUUAGUGAAAUGAUGGAUAAUAUAAGACGAAAUGUUGAUGAUAAAACACAACAGCAACAGCGACAGCAACAAUAUUUAUAUAAUAUUACUAGUAAUAGUGGACACGAAAGUGAACGCGAUCGCACAACUGAUGAUCGCGAUCGUAUUGCAGAAGAAGAAGAAGAACAGAAAGAACAUGACUUAGCAGGCCAUAAAAUGAGUGGUGUUAGGAAAGGUUUAAAUAAAUUAGAUACCGUCACAACAGUGCCUCAAUUACAACAAAAAUUUAAUAAAUUUAAUAUAAUAGAUGAAGCAGCAAUUACAACUAAUACUACAACAACAACUACAUCAUCUAAAACAUGUGUAGCAGCAGCAAAAUCAUCAUCAAUAACAACUAAGUCGUCGUCGUCGUCCUCAUCCUCUCUAGUAAAUAAAUCAUUAACACAACAGCAACAACAACAGCAAAAUACGGCAUUAGCUAAAUUUAAUCGAAUUAUUGACAAUACAGUGCCGGUUAUAAACACAUACAACUAUCAGCAACAUGUUGCUGAAACAUUAGCCAAAAACUCACAACAACAACAGCAUCCACAUUAUCAACAUGAACUACAACAGAAGCAACAGCAACAAUAUGUAGAGAUGCCCAUUUUAAGUGAUAGUUUAAAACGUAGAUUGGCCCAGAAACAUCAUCAGUACUAUAAUACCGACCUAAUUGUAAAUAAUUCUAAAAUUAAUUUCUCCACAACAACAGCAGCAGCAUCCACAUCCGCAGCAGCAGAAGCUGCUGUUGCCGCCACCACAUCUAAACAUGCAGCAGCCGUAGCCUCCACAUCGAAGGCUGCCGCUACUGCUGCUUUAGCCAGAUUGGCGGCAGCAGCAACUUCAUCAUCUUCAUCACAACAAGAUCAAGAACCUGAGACAACAAUGAAAAUGUCUUUGGAUGAAGAUGAACAAUCAGAACGAAAUGAUGUUCAUUAUUUGUUGAAACAAUUAAAUAGUUUUAGUGAUAUUGAAGAAAUAGAAAUUGUUGAUAUGAAGCAAAAACAGCGUCAGCUACAGCAACAACAACAGCAACAAUAUAACAAAGAGAAAAAUUAUAUUAUUGCAAGCAGCCAACAACAAUCGCAGCAGCAGCAAGAAAAUUACGAAGCUCAAACUGAUUCGCAAUAUGCAGAAAGAGUGGCAAACUUAAAUUUUAAUGAAUAUCAACAUGUUGAACGUAUCAGACAACAAUAUGUUGAACAUGUUGUCUCCUGUGAGCAAUUGUCAGCAGAACAAACUGCUGAGCAUCCCUUACACUCAGAGCAACAUGUUGAAGAGUCACAGCAGCAGCAGCAGAUUGUUGUUGGUAUGCAAACGUAUACUACGGAAAGCAAGCAACAUUAUCAAACAACAUCAACGACAUCACCAACCGCCACAUCACUUGUGAUAUACUCACCCUCGUCACAAUCGCACAAAGGUAUACGUCGCUAUGCCUCACAAGAUGAGCACGCCGCCGCAGCCUCAUAUCAUCCUCAUCCACAUCCCCACGAUCAUCCCCAUCCCCCACACCACCAACACUAUCAUCAUCAUCAGCCCCAUUAUGUGCAUUUGCCCUAUGAGCAUUAUUCCGAGAGUUCCCUAUUGAAUUCGGUCGCCGCCCAGGCAGCAGCCGCCGAUCCUCUGAUAUUACAACAAUUUGUGGAUGAUUACAUAUUUCAAUCCUGCCAUUAUUUGGAAACAAAUAAUUUUGUUGCCAACUAUCGCACUGCCAUGGUCGAGUCAUCGUCUCACGAAUUUCGACCAUCCACCACCACCACAACGCGCACCUCCAACGAGGAGUUCUACGAGGAAGAAGAGGCCGGCUAUGUAGAAGAUCAUUCGUCGGCACAUUCGUUUGAAUUGCAUGAGACGGAGCCGCCCACAGUGAUAUGUAAGGCUCCGGCGCCUUUACCUGCCUCCAAGCGUUCCAUACAACAACAACAACAGCAUCAUCAACAACAAACAUAUACCAUGGAAACACGUUUAUGUAGUAGCGGUGUACAGACUGAUUUAACGGCUUCAUCUUUAGCUCAAAGUUUUAGCCUUAGCUCAUCGUUAUCAUCAUCGGAAAAACACAAGCGUACAAAACCGUUAUUCAAAUGUUGCUAUACUCCCCUCGACAGAUGGCGUGAAAAGCGCUCUCAACAAUCGCAAAUACAAAAACGCACAAAAUCUGCCUCCACUGCUGCUAAUGUUUCCGAACAUCAGCCGCAGCAACAGCAGUUACAGCAGAUAACUACUAAAAACACUAGUGUUGCUAUUGUUGGUGGUCCUUCGCAUGCUGGCAGCAGUAGUGCUAUUCUAAAUAGCACCAUUGCCUUGGCAUCAACAACUACCACCACAACCGCAACAACAACAACAUUACUAAAUACCACAUCAACAUUGGUUGUACAACCUCAAUCUCAUCAUCACCAUCAGCAUCAGCAACAUCAUCAUAAUCAAUCUCUAUCGAAAAAUAAUAAUAAUAAAAAUAAUGCACCUUAUGCAGUUUGACAAAUGCCUUUAAAGCAACAGUUUUUUUAUGUAAAAAUGUUGCUUGCUUUCUGCCAUUUAUACCUUAAACAAAAUAACACUAUAGUUUUCCUUUUUGUAUAAAAAAACCAAACUAAACAAACAAAAAAAAACAUAUGAUAAUGGAAAUUUUUGCCGCCCACUUUAAUACAACAAAAACAAACAAACAAAUACACAACAAACAAACAAAAAAAAUGAACGCCGCCGCUGUCUUAUUUUUGUAAAUCUCUUUUUCCAAAAACAAAACCAAAAACCAACAAAAACAAAAAAACUACAAAAACAAAUCUCUUUAUAAUUUUUUUGCGAUGUCAACAAUUUUUUGCUAUUUCCUUGUCUGUUGUACGAAAGAACAGCAAAAACAAAGAAAAUUAAACAAAAUCAACUUUUUUAUAACCUCUUAAACAAAAAAUAUAAAAAAAAUUAAACAAAAUUUAAAAUCGAACACACACAACAACUAUUCAAACACUAAUUGCAAUUUUAGGGAUAUUUUAGAAUUUAAUUUUAAAAUCAUACAGAAAUUCGAGUCGAGUUGCUAAACAUGUUGCUGGCAACAUUUUAUUGGCUUAAUUUAAAAACUUGCCUCUUGAUUUUAAAUAUAAUGAAAGUUUCUGAUUUCAAAGUAAGUUUCUAAAAAUAAGAAAUUUUAGCUUAAGCAACAUUUUGCUAGAUGUAUAAACUGCUUUACAAAAUUUUGAAGACAUGAUAGAUCAUGUUUUUUAUACAAAAAUAAAUGUAUAUUUAAAAAUGAGCGUUAAUUUCAGCUUUCUAUAAUUGAAUUGUAUUAAAAAUAUAUUCUGCGUUGGUUGCUUUUAUCAGAAUGUUGCCAGUUAAACUUAUUUUUUGAAAAAUUAUCAUGGAAAGUAUUCUUAAAUGCUGCUAAUGAAAUUAAUAUUUGAUUUCGAAUUAAUUAUUUCAACUUUAGCUUAAUGCAGUAAAAUCUUAAUUCAGGUGUAUAAAUGCCAGCAAUUCAUUCCAAAACACCAUUCCCAAUCAAACAAAUUCAUUAGCUUUAUUCAAAGGCUUUAUUUGAAUAUAAUUCGUUCAUUGUUUAAUUAAUUCAUAAUAAAAUUCAUUCUACAUUUGAAUGAAAUUUUGUUAAUUCAAAGCUAAGCCAAAUUGAAUUAAUAGUGUAUCCUUUUUAUAAUUUAAAAUCAAAAUUUUAAAACUUUUUUGUAAUAGAUUUAAAUUUAAUCAUUCAAUACAUUUUAAAGCUAUUUUGAAAAAGAUUUGAAUAAAAUAAAUCAUUCAAUAAGGAAUUAAUUCUAAUGAAUUCAAAACGGAAAAUUUAAUUAAUAUUUAAUUUUUUCGAACUUUCGUCUUCAACAUUUUCAAGAUGUUUCAUAUAUAUAGAAGAUUUCAGAGCAGGGCCGAAUUACCGCACUCGUGAUCGAAUGAACUAUCGUAUCGAAAAAUAAUUUCGAUAUCGUAAUUAUAACAAAUUUCAUUCUCGAUAUCGAAUGCCGUAAUCUCAAAUAAGAAAAUUACGAUCGAAUUUACUCGAUAUCGAUUGCGGUAAUUCGGCACCAGGUUUCAAUAAAAUAUGAAAUUUGUCUAAAGAAUGGUAAUAGGAAUGAUUACUUUAUUUGAACAUAUUGCUAGCAAGAUGAAAGUUGCUAAACAUCAGCAAUAUGUUUUAAAUUCAAUAUUCAGAAAAUUUUAUUUUUUUGACAAUGCAAGCUUUUGAAUGAAAAAUAUCCUUCAACAUGUUGCUAGUAAAACUAAUACUCAAUUUUUUUUUAAUUAAUGUUUGUUAUUUUUAUCACCAUUUAGCAUUUGAGUUUAUCAAUUUGGCAUGUUGCUAGAAAUUGUUUACAAUUCUAUUGAAUUUGCAAUAACAGUAAUAUUAUUUGUAAAUACAAUCUUUUGAAUGGAUGGCUAUUAUUAAAAUAUGUUUCUUGUAAAAUUAAUAUUCAAAUUUGUUGCACAACAUUGUCAAAAAGUAAUUAAAGCAUAGAAUAUUUGUAUCAACAAAAUUCGAUCAACAUAUUGCUAUUAAAGCUUAAAUUUCAGUGAAAAUGAACAUUUAAGUUUAUGGAAUUGAUUUCAACAUGUUGCUAGCAAAAACUCUUUUUCAAUUUGUUGCUAAACAUUGUCAAAUUGUUUAAAAUACAAUUAAGGCAUUUGUUUGAAGCUUAAUUUUAAUUUAAUAUAAACAUUAUUGCAACAUGUUGCUAGUGAAAUUGAGGUUCACAUUUUUAAAAAGUAUAUAAUCGAAUAUUUGUGUGUAUAUAAACAUUUGAGUCUAUGGAAUUAUAUUCAACAUGUUGCCAUCAAAAAGUAUAUUUUGAUUUAUUGCUAAACAUGUUUUAAAUUUAAUUAAAUCAUUAAUAUACAAGCAGUUCAACUAAAUUCCAUCAAAAUUAAUGCUUAAAUUUGAGUGAAUAAUAAAAUUUUAGUAUAGAAAAUCUAUUGCUAUAUUGCUAUAUUAACAGAAUUCUUCAAUAAAUUUCAAAAUGUUGCCAGUAAAGUUCAGCAUUCUCAAAAAAUGUUCUAGAUGUUUAAAAUAGAAUAAUAAAAUUAAAUGUUUCUCUAUCAAUCAUUAGAAUCAUUAGAAGAGAUGUGAAAAACCUAUUUACAAAAUGUUGAUUUAUUCCAUAUUAAAAAUUAAGUUUCUUACAAAAUUAUCAUUCGAAAUUGUUGCUCAACAUUGUCAAGAUGUUUAAAAUAUAUUUAAUACAUAGAAUGUUGUUUUUUUCGUCAAAAUUUUAUCAAGACUACAUCGAAUUGUAGUCAACAUGUUGCUAGUAAAGUGAAGAAAUUAUUUAAGAAAAUGUUUUAGAAAAUGUUGCCAGCAAUAUUAAAGAUAACAACAUGUUGCUAAUAAAAUUAACAUUCAAAAAUAUUGCUCAACAUUGUCAAGAUGUUUAAAAAACAUGUUGCUUAAAAUUUAAUGUGUUUAUUUCAACAUAAUGCUGGUAAAAUGAAUGACCACAUUUGUUGAAAAUGUUGAUACUAUUUUAAUAAAGCUACAAACUACUUUGUAGCAAAAAAUUUAAUGCGUACCAAUAUUUUAUUUACAAUUUUUUAUUGUAUCAUUGUAAACAAUACACGUUUUAAAGAUUUUAUGAAUAUAUUGACAGAUGUUAAGCAAAUGUUUCUCAUCCUUUUUUUUGGAAAAGCAUUAAACAAAUGUUUCUCAUCCUUUUUAUUUUUUUUAUAUAUUUCUAUUACAACUAUAAAAUAUCUUAGUAACUACAAUAAAUAUUUUUAUUCAAGAGACUUUUGAAAUCAACCUAUUUGGUAACUUAAAAAUGUUAAGCAAUAUUCAUGUACUCUAGUUUGGCAACAUUUACAUAAUGUAUACAAUGUAACCUUAAUUUCACUAUUUUAUUUUUUCAAUAUUUAAUUCUCCUCCCAAAAUUGCAACUAGUGUCAAUCACACCACAAUACAGCAACAAACAUCAAACAACAACAAAACUAUUUAAAUGAAAUAUUAUUAAAUUUCUUUCCUUCCCAAAAAACAAAAUAAAACAAAGAAAUUUCUUAAUAUUUAUUUUCCUUGCAAACCAAACAAAAAAUAAAUACUUUUUUUGAAAAGUUUAUAUAACUAUCGCGCUCCUAAUCUUUCCAAAAACACUCUAGUUUUCUCACCAUCUCUUCUUCUUGUUGUUAUUACAUUUUUUAUAAUAUUAUAAAACAAAAAUAAUAAAAUAAAAAUAAAACAAAUGAAAGGAAAAAAUACUACAAAAAAAUCAAGCGUAAAGAAAAUUUAAAAUCCGAAAAAAGCAAAUAAUCAUCAUCUCUUUCUAAUCAUUAAGCAGGUCGUUAAUGUUUAAAACAAAAGCGAAAAAAGACCAUUUAAUAUGUAUAGUAAACAAAUAAUAAUAAUAAUAAUAAAAAUACUUUCACACAUAAAUAAUAAUAAACAAUAUGAAAAUAAAACAAAAUCAAAGUUUAAACAAAAAUAAAUACUUUCUGUAAAAUUUUUACUAACAAUAAUAUUAAUUAAUUCAUUAAUUUUUUGUAAAGCUGAAGUUAAUUUAUAAAUAUUAAUUUUUCUUAUUUUCUUUACAAUUAUUUUAUUUAUUUUGGGUAUAUAUUUGGGUUUAUUUAAUUAAUACUUUAUUACUAACAAUAAUUUUCUUGUUAAGUUUUUGCUUAAAUAAAUAAUAUAUUUUUUGUUUAACAAA